AACAACAUCUCCCUGGAGAAGAGCGAAACUCAUCGUUACAACCCUAUUGCCUAUUGUGUUACUCCCCUUUCCAAGAACACACUCUUCCUUUCCGUCGAUUUUGGCUUUGGAUUGAAAUCGCCGGAGCAAAAUCGUAUAACCGUAUUUCACAACAGAUGUUUCAAGAACUGGUUGAUUACAAUUACGGCGAAGUCCACACGACCAUAAUCUGCCAAAGAAUUGUUCGUUUAUUGAAUACCGUCCUGUUUGGAGAAUAUCUAGUAGUAGACGAUCAAAUUCGGCUCAUUAAUUUCACCUACAAAAGAUUCGUUGGAACCCACACCAAUGAGCAGAACAAUUCCGAUAACGAGGAUCCAGAAGAAAACGAUUCCAACGAGUGUUACUCUGAAACAAUCGACGCUGGAACACAGACCGAAGGAAGUGACGAAGAAAGAAGAUCCGAAAGAUCAAUUGAAGACAGGAAUCUAAUUGAUUUCAUUAGUUCAGAAAACCCACACACCGACGACGAAGAAGAAAUAAUCUACAUUGAGGAAACAAUUAUCAACGAAGAUAGUGAUACAAGCCAAACCGACGAAGAACAAGACAACGAAUCCGAAAAUCCACCCCACGAACAAAAAAAUAUGACCAACGUUAAUGACGUGUUGAACGUCCAAAACAAUAUCAGACCAAAUGCAUCAAAUGGAUCAGCGAACAAUGGACAAACAAAUAACAAUACCAAUACGGCGUUGUUAAUGCAGAUUAAACAGCUCACCGAUGCAUUACAAAACGGAACAACCAGCAACAAUUCUCUCUUAGCUACUUAUGAAUAUCUGGCAGGUGAAAGAAAGGCUAAGACCACCACUCGACAUAAUCCACUCGGUAACUGA